CUCCUCACAUCCAUCUUCUCCCAUCCUCUCCUCCUCUCCUCCUCUUCCUCAACCGAAUCCGGCUCACUCACCACCUGAAUGCCUCCUUCACUCCGCAAAUGCCUCUUCUGACCUCAAACUUCCUCUUAUCGCACGUCCGCCGCAAGCGUGGCAGGCGGAAACCCGCAGACUCACCUCCCGCCAGAUCUGCUCCUCCUCCGCAUCCAUCAACAAGCCCUCCUGCAUCCAAACCUCCCCCAAACCCCAUCUCCUCCACCACUGCUCCCAAGUCCACACCUCCAUCCGCCUCUUCUCGAAAGCAGUCAAUAGUCCGCUCCGCCAGCACCAGAAUCAAGCGCUCCUUCGCCGCCUCUGCCGCUGCUGCCGCCGGCGGCCGCCGCAGACAGUCCUCCCCCAAAACCAUCUCCCCCUCCUCCCCAUUCCCCUCCGCCCUCGCGACCUUCGACGCCUCCGCCUCCGGCUCCGAUCUCCUGCACAAACUCAACCCGAUCCCGCGUCUCCGCCACGCCACAAUCCGCAUGACCGAGUCCCCCGAGGCCGCCCGUGUGCGUGAAAAGGAAGCGGUUAUCAACGCCGGCGUCAUCUACGGCACUCGAACUUAUGACUGGGGUGUCGUGCCUCUUACGCCCUCGACUCCCGGUGCUGCUGCGUCUAAAACUACUACUGCAGCUGCUGAAGCGUCGUCCUCGUCCUCGUUCGCGUCCUCGUCUUCCUCGACCGCGCCGACUGAAGCUGAAACCACACCUUCCGAGACGAAACGCAAGCGAACUAUCCAGCGCAUCUUUGAGGUUUCGAAAACAAUCCUCCGCACAAAACCUUUGCCUUCUCUCCCUGUCGAUGCCAUUCCACAAACCACCACAGCAACCGACCUGCAGCAGAACUCAGAUCUCGCUCGUCAAGGGACAGUCAUUGAGAUCUCUUCUCAAGACGAGGACAAUGAAGUGCAGCGGUCUACCAGUGUUGUUGAUUGUCUAGCGACUUUUGCGCAGGAAAAACCCAUGCCUGACGACGACGACGUUAACAACAGCAGCAUCGAAAAUGACGACACAAACAGUAUAAUAGAAGAAAGCACAGAAAGCAUACUCGUCAGCAACGACGACGACGCCGGCGCCCUUCGAUCUCUCGACGGCCUCGGCAUCCGCCAUCUCGACCGCGAAAACUCAAGACGGAGGUUCUCCUUCGACUCGUCCGUCGCCGGCACCGACUCCCUUUUCCGCAACGACUCGGACGCCUCGCGAGCGACCAGGAUAUCCCUCACCGCGGCUGUCGAAGACGUCGUGGGUUCAGACGUCGACGUACCUCCCUCGGACGAAGACGAGCUUGAUAUCGAAGUCCCGUUCGCAGCAAACCUCUACUCGUCAGACGAGCUCGCAAACAUCACCGCCUUUGAAUUCACCGACGACCUCGACCAAGCCGGAGACGACUACUUUGACGACCUCAUGCUCGACGAAGUCAACAACAUGGCCGACGACGACGACGACGGGUACUCUGACGACGGCUCUGACUUUGGGGCGGCCUCGAGACCCGCGCGAAGACCAUCACUUACACCAAUCUCUGAGCGGACAGACGAAGACAGCACGCCGACUUCAUCGCCCUUUGUCUCGGACGCGUACUACCAGCACUCGCCUUCGCCGGCUCCGUUCCAGAGCUCACCACUCGCACCGCCGCGCACGCACGAUGUCGUGGCGUAUGUCAGAAAGAGCAGGGGCUGGGUCGUUGAACGACGGCGACGGAAAGGAGGGUGGGGUAGUCACGGAGCUGAUGAUGGUGCGACUAGCAGCGACGUUGAGGAGGAGUUGGUAGGUACCGAGAGAGUCGAGAAGAGAGCAAUCUAGCUACAUCUAUGAUCUGUGAUCUAUGAUCUAUAUGAGCUCUGAGGAUGGUUGGGAAAAUGUAUUUUUAGUUGUGUACUUUAUUCGGAUCGGACAUUCGCCCAUGCGUGGGAAUUAGUGGUAUUUCAUAGGAUAUCGGUGUUUACUUUGUUUCUUUACGUGCGGCAAUCGAUGAGCAUUACUCAUGA